AUGAAAGGCAUACAGAUCAGGGAAUAUGUCAACGGGCCAGAGGAUCUCAAGGUCCUCGAUCUCCCGACCCCGACUCCCAAAUCGAACGAGUACCUAAUCGCCAUCCACGCCUCAGCAACCAACUUCUUCGAUCUCCUCCAGAUCCGCGGCAAAUAUCAACACCAACCUGCAUUUCCCUGGAUAGCCGGUUCAGAGUUCUCCGGCGUUGUCCUCAAAGCACCGACCUCGCUCGCAGGAGGCAAGACACCAAAGUUCAAGGAGGGCGACAAGGUCUUUGGUGCUUCCCAAGGUGGCUACGCAACACACAUCGUUUGCACAGAAGAGAGACUUAAGCCCGUGCCCGAGGGAUGGAGUUUCGAAGAUGCUGCUGGUGUAUUCGUUACAGCGCCGACGAGCUAUGCCGGUCUGGUGACUAGAGCAGGCAUCAAGAAGGGCGACUGGGUACUCGUCCACGCAGCAGCCGGCGGCGUCGGUCUCGCCGCCGUGCAAAUCGCCAAAGCCUUCGGCGCGACCGUCGUAGCCACAGCUGGCACAUCACACAAACUCGACGUCGCGCGUGCCUUCGGCGCAGACUACGCCGUCUCCUACCGCGAUAAAGAUUGGCCCGAGCAAGUGAAGAAGCUCACUCCCAAGGGCCGUGGCGUUGAUAUCGUAUACGACCCUGUGGGACUGAUCGCUCAGUCCAUGAAGUGCACGGCUUGGAACGGCAGACUUCUGGUCAUUGGUUUUGCGGCGGGCGAUAUCGAGAAGAUGGCUACGAACCGCAUUUUGCUGAAGAACGUUAGUGUUGUUGGGUUGCAUUGGGGUGCGUACGCGAUAAACGAGCCCGAGAUGCAGGAUAAGGUUUGGGACGGUAUCUUCCAGCUUGUCAAGGAGGGGAAAUACAAGGGCACUGCUUUUACCGAUGUGGAGUACGUCGGUCUUGACAGUGUACCCGCGGCGCUAAAGGCGUUGGGUGGCCGCAAUAGCUGGGGUAAGGUUGUUGUCAAGGUACCACAAGAGGGUGGAAGCAAGAUGUAA